AUGUCAUGGGAGACCCCGACCCUGACAAUACUCUGCGUCGUCACCUUCGGUCUGUGGUGGUAUCGUAACCUGCAGUCCGGCACUCCCAGCAGGUCAGGCCACCUACACGUCGGUCUCACCGGCCUCGCCGUCCUCUACGACUUCCACGGCCGGGCGCGGGACUGGUGCACAUCCACGUACGACGCCGCCAUCAAUGCCACGCCGGUAGAGCAGCUUAAGAUGGUGCUGACUCUCGGCGCCAUCGUGUGGCUGCUCCAUCGAUCAUGGCAGACUCUAUGGAAACCCGUGCCGGAGCUUGUCAACAUCCUCGGCGUCGACAUACCGCUCCCUCCCGAUGUUUCCCUCGCAGGAAUAGGAGCAGAUUCCGCGACCCUGAGCUGGACGCGGCCGACCCAACGUCCUGUCCAGAGGUACUUGAUACAAGUUAAUGGAGUGCUUGUCGGAGAGUCACCGGCGAACGAAACGGCCAUCACCGUCACGGGGCUGAAACCAAAUCAUUUCUACAAUAUCCGGGUCGUCGCGGUCGGGCAAAACAACUUUAGAACAGGCAGCCCUCUAAUACGUCUCAAAACUUUUGGCAAAGAUGGCAGGCCACAACUAGGCAACUCGCGGUUGCCUACCAGCUUCGUCGACCCCGACCACCCACGAGAGAGCGGCGACGAGAGCGAUAACUCCGACAGACCCCCGCUUCCGUUCCCGACAGUCGAGGCCGCGGCAGUCCUAGAUAGCGGUGCUACUGCUCCUUCCCGGGAUUCGGGGCCCAUCAUACCUGGGCAGGGGCAGCGUAGGAACACGCUGCGGCGGCAUUCGCCAUCCGUGGCCAGUACCGACCAGCCACAAAUAAAGCAACCCGCACCAUCCGAGACGGAGAUGUCCCUGGCCGAGCUCAACGAGAAAUUCGAAAGCAUCAGAAAGGAGAUUGAAGACACACAGGCUCUCUUUGCCAAAGAUGAGGCAGAGGCGCAGCAGCAAGAGGAAGAAUUGAGGAGGGAAAGGGACCGCAAACGCCAGCUCAUCAAGGAAAAGGAAGAGCAGACGGCGCAGCUCAAAACCAUGAUGCGAACCACCAUGGAACAAAUGCGUGCCGCAGAAAAGGAACGAGCGAAAAUGGAGCAGCAAUUGAAGGACAAGGAUGCCAAGAAGGCCAAAAUCAGGGACACCAUCGCCAAGUACGAACGCGAGGUGGAGAGAAUGAGGCGAGAACGCGAGGGCUUCGAGACGCAGAAGAUCGAGCUAGCCGAGAAACGCGACCGGGACGUCCAGACGCUCGACCAAGACAACACGGAUCUCCAGGAGAAAUGCGCCGCGCUGGAAGCAGAGCUGAAGGACAAGGGCAAACAGUUGCAGGACCUCAAGGAUGCCAGGAAGCAACUCCCCGGUGCCGACGACGAGCAAGAGGAGGACAAGCAAAUGAGGCGGGAAUGGGAGAUCAAGCGAGCUAACAUGCACGCUCGGCUCGUUUCGGAGACCAAGACCAACCACAUGUUGGCUCAGCAGAUGCGUUUGCUCCAGGAGCAGCUGUCGAGCCUACACCACCAGGCCAGCAGUAUUGCAUCAUACUAUGGCGCGGCGGCCGCCUCCAACAUGGACGUUGAACCACCGCCUUCUGGCCAGCGUAAAAGGCUGAGCCUCGGCAGCAACACUCUCCCGGCCACGACUCUCCCAUCACCUGAUCGCCUGCCUCCAGCGGAACUCAACUUCCAGGCCUCGAUUGGUUUUGGCAACCCCAGCUUUGCCCCAGGGCUGUUCAUGGACCUUGCGGGUGACGGCACCAACGAAGCGCAGACGGAAGCCGAGUUUAAGGCCGCCGGCGGUCCACUGAGUCCAUCCGCGCAGACUCUUCUACCUUCGAACAUCUUUGAAGAGAGCGAAGACGCGGACACGAUGGAGCCAAAAAGCCCAAUUCUUCCAGAGCCCAUUACCGCGGGUGAAGACGGGCCAUCGCACGGGCCGCAAUCGCCCGCGUCCUCCAGCAGGUCUUUUCAGGCCUUCUCGAGCCCACAGGGCUCCUCGCAGCAUCUGCCUCUGCCCUUCCCGCCAUACACGGACAAUAGUGACAGGAACUCGUUACACGUGAACUCGUCGCCGCCUCCGCCUAUUCCCACUGGACAUAGGUUUUCCAGCAUUUUUUCGACGUUUCAGCGCAAUCGAGGUUCCAGAGUAUCGGACGAAGGCGGUCCCCCGAUUGGCUCCUUGAGGCCCGGGCAAAGCCAGUCGUUUCCGACCGUGUCUGAGGAAAACGAGCCCGUGGCAUCCAGGAGGCGACUUAACCUGCCCUUUCUGUCGAACCGCAAUUCUGUCGGGCCAAGCAGCGGGUCAUCGGGUCCCCCUAUCACCGUCUCUAGGCCUCUGUCCGCGUGGCCCCUCAAGGGCUCCCCGUCUGCGGCAUUCCCCGACCGCGAUCGCGAGUUGUCUCGACCGGCCUCGAUAGCGUCCACGGAGUUGCCUCGACCAUCUACAGACAGCGGCUCCAUCUGGGGCGCGCCGGGCGAGGCCCUCGGUCUAAACAAGAACCGAUUUUGGUCCCCAAACGAGGGCCGUUGGCCCUCUCGAAGCGGCUCUAGGCGCCCAUCGCUGCAAGGGUCCAACCCCCUGACGACGAGCCUCGCGUCCGCGGAUGACGAGAUCCUGGACGACGACGCCCUGCUGGACCCGCACACGAUGCCCAGUCAAGUAGGAGUCAUUGGGUCUCGACCGCCAGGCUCUUCCAAGUCUAUGAGCCAACGCCUGAACCCCAAUGCCCCUACAUUUAUGGGAAACAUGGGCAACAUCUUUAGGAAAGAUAGGGACAAGGACAAGGACCGCGCCAAGGACAAGGGCAAGGGCUCCGCGGUCGGCACGCCGAGCAUUGAGCUGCCACCAAGCUUCGACGACUCGCCAUCGGACUCUCGAAUGUCGCGAGACACGCAGUCGGUCCACACGCAGCCAUCGGUAUCCGAGUCUCAUGAGUCGCUGCAGCUUGACCCGGCACUGUCAAACACUGCCUCGGAAACGAACCUGGCGGCGACAUACUCGAAGGACCCUGAAAACGUUGUUAGGAAACUGUUCCGUAAAGGGAGUUCCAGCAAGUUCAGUUUGUCGUCGAGGUUGGGCAAGGAGUCCAGCUUGUUCAAGAAGGCGCCUGGAAGCGCCAGCAACUCGGACAAGAACAUGUCGGCUGAGCAUAGGUCUAGCCUGGGCGACUUGGAUGACCUCGGAGAAGACGCAGCCGUGCUGGGUCGCAGCUACGACAGCAUGGCAAGCAGUCCGUCCUUGGGCCCGUCGAAGUCAAAGGAGGGCCGAGAAGGCGGUAGGAUGAGCUCGUGGCGCUUCUCCAUGUCUUCGAUUAAGAAGAAAGGCAAGGACACGCCGGCGAAGGAAAAGGAGAGCCUGGAGAUGGACAGACCUCAGGACGAUGAGUGA